AUCCUGUUUGUUACACUGACUUACAGUUUACUUCAUUCGCAGGAUAAAUGUCAAAUGUGAGAAAGGAGGAAAGUCAUUGGAUAAGCUAACCUUAUGGUAUUGUCUGGUAGAUCACGUCUGGAUUCCCUGUUAGCCUUGUAAAAGUUGUUCUACAAGAAACAUAAAUAAGGCUGAACACCUGUCACAAAACUCACCACCAGCUCGGCUGCACUUAGCAGGAAUGAAACGCCUUGUUGGAACAUUGUUGGAAAAGAGAAAACAAAACUCUAAAACACUGAGACACGAAAAACCUGAUGAAUCAAUGAAAUGGUCACCGUCACCACAACCAAACACAUCCACAUCUGGCGGGAAUGAAACAGCGAGUACAUCUGCAGUUACCCAAACACAUUGUGAUACGGAUGCAAAUCCCAACCAAUGUUCCAGCAUUUUGGGUACGUCGAGCGAGAUGGCUUCCAUUGAAACUGAACCGAUAGCGAAUGCAGAGUGCCAUGCGAUGAUAUGCGGUGUGCACCAGAUACCCGGCAACCCACCAGAAGGCAAUGUCUUCUCUUUAUCUGACUUUGAGGAAAGUCUUAAAGAGACGAUAACGAACAAAGGCACAAACACCUUAUUCACCGAGACCCUGGCCCUGUACAAUGGGUACCAGCUGCACCGACUGACAAAGUUCUAUCGGGAUAGAUUGGAACAGGCCAUUGAGGAAGGCGUGGAGGACAUCAGCUCAAGGCUGACACAGAAGGAAUGUUUCAGCCCCCAGGAGCACAAAAAACUCACUGAGCUCACACACAGUGGGCGGAAGAGACAAAGCUCGAAACUUCUUCUGAACAUGGUGAUGGGGAAAGGUUCCCAGGCCAGGAUAGUGAUGUGGGAAUCCUUUGUGAAAAUGAGGCCAACUUUGCCCAAACUGAACAAAAUCAUGACUGAAAUACAGGAACAAGGUGCCAGUCUAGUGAAUGAGGUGACCAUCGACCGAGGUGUACCAGACGUCUCCAGUGAUAUGAUAGCUAUUCAGCGACUGCACAAGGAGACGUUACAGAAACAAUGUGAGAAACUGGAAGUGAAGACCAUCCUGAUAAAGGAGAAGGUGAGGACGUUUCAGUUGGUUGAUCGCUACACGGAAUUAACAAUCAUUUCUGAUCUCCGUCACCGGAAACUGGUAGAACAUGAGCUGCUGGCGAGAGGCAGAGACCACGAGGAGUGGAGACAGAAGCAACUCCGGGGAGAGCUGGAAAAAAUCCGAACUGAUAAACUGUUCCACAGCAGCUUCUCAAAAAGAAAUACUUUACCUUCUUCUCAGAGAAGUGGAUCUGAUCCUCCUACAGGGACUUCCGCAGUAGUCAGUGGAGUGGCUGGGAUUGGAAAAACAACCAUGGUGCAAAAGAUUGUCCAUGACUGGGCCACAGGCAAAAUCUAUCCUCACUUCCACUUUGUAUUUGUUUUUAAAUUCCGAGACCUAAACAGACUUCACGACAGAACAACGCUGAACCGCCUGAUCGGGGAGCAGUAUCCUUACCUCAGGGGUGUUCUGGAUGAGCUGUGGAAACACCCAGAGACAUUGCUCUUUAUAUUUGAUGGUUUGGAUGAAUUCAGGGCAAGGAUUGAUUUCGCUGACAGUCGGAGAGACACAGAGCCUCAGCGCAGGUGCACAGACCCUGAAUUCCUCUGUGAAGUUUCUGACAUUGUGUACAGUUUAAUACAGAAAAAGCUGCUGCCAGGCUGCUCAGUGCUGGUGACCAGCCGCCCCACUGCAUUACAGUUACUGGCAAAGGCUCAGGUCAGUGUCUGGGCUGAAAUCCUGGGAUUUGUGGGUGAAGAGAGAAGGGAAUAUUUUCACAAGUUCUUUGAGGAUCAGGAGGUGGCGGCUGCUGUUUACAGCCACGUGGAGGAGAACGAGCUCCUGCUCACCAUGUGCUACAACCCGUCCUACUGCUGGAUCCUCGCUCUGUCUCUGGGUCCCUUCUUUACACGGAAACACCAACAAACAGCAGUGCCCAAGACAGUCACACAACUCUUCUCCUAUUAUAUUUAUAACAUACUAUCACAUCACAGUGUCAAGAUGGAAAGCCCCCGUGAUGUGAUGCUGAAGAUUGGUGAAAUGGCCUUCACUGGAGUCUCCCAUAGAAACAUUGUCUUUAAUAAUGAAGAUCUGUUCAAAUAUAACCUCCAGCCUUCCCAGUUCCUCUCUGGGUUUCUCAUGGACCUUGUGGAGAGAGAGUCUUCAGAGCACAGUGUGGUCUACACAUUCCCGCACCUCACCAUCCAGGAGUUUGUUGCCGCACUCGCUCAUUUCCUGUCUCCUCAUUCCAAACAAACCAUGUGGCGUUUGAUCCGUGGUGACAUGGAGGAGGACGGCCGGUUUGAGAUAUUCCUGCGCUUUGUUGCGGGUCUCUCCUCCCCACGGGCAGCUCAGCCACUGGAGGAUUUUCUGGGGUCAUUUGUCCAUCAGACAACCUGCGCGGUGAUCGAUUGGCUGAAGGAGAAGGUUAAAGCUCAGAUCAGUGACACAGUCACCGUCACUGGGAAAAGGAAGCUGCUGAACACACUCCACUACCUGUUUGAGUCUCAGAAUCGAGCCCUGGCACAGCUCACACUGGGCUCUGAACACACACUGACAUUUGGUGACAUCUCUCCAGGGAAAGCAUUGAGACUGACACCGAUAGACUGUGUUGUGGUGUCUCAGGUAAUUGGACUGUGUGACACAAUAAAACUGCUGAAUCUGAAGAACUGCUACAUUCAGGAUGAGGGCCUCCAGCGUCUGGUUCGUGCUGUGCACAAAUGUCAGGAAUUGUGGUUGGGGGACAAUAAUCUGGGAGAUUGUGGAGUGAAGCGACUGUGUGAGGCUCUGAGGAACCCGGAGUGUAAAAUACAGAGUCUGGAGUAA